UACGUCUAACCAAUAACAAAGCACGCCAAGAACACAGUACGCGAUAGGAUGUUGGGUGGCUGGUUAGGAAUUGGCCAAUGAGUUAUUGGGGAGGCAGGAGGUGGUGCCGGGGACGCAGUAGGUGAGGGGAGGACUGCGAGCUUUUCUAGGUUCCUUGCGUAUGGCAUAGAAAAAUCACUGGUAAACCAUGAGCGUGGAGCCCGAUGCACUAGCAGUUGUCAACCAGCUGCGUGAUCUGGCGUCGGACCCCUUAAACCGCCGAGCAAUUGUACAGGAUCAUGGCUGCCUUCCAGGUCUUAUUUUAUUUCUCGAUCACCCAAAUCCACAAGUGGUGUAUUCUGCAUUACUGGCACUUCGCUAUUUAGCAGAAUGUCGUGCCAACCGAGAGAAGAUGCGAUGCGAGCUGGGCAUGAUGCUGAGCCUACAGAAUGUCAUUCAAAAAACUACAACACCAGGUGACACGCAACUUUUAGCGACUGAGGUUUAUGACCUUCUCCAGGGCACCAACACAGCAGAUGGAGACUGUACGAACGAGAUGAAUUCAAGGAGGCGAAAAGCACAGUUUUUCCUAGGGGCUACUAAUAAACGAGCCAAAACUGUGGUUCUGCAUAUUGAUGGCCUUGAUGAUACAUCUCGCAGGAGUCUAUGUGAAGAUGCUUUGCUGAAAAUUAAAGGAGUCAUCAGUUUUACAUUUCAAAUGGCAGUUCAGAGAUGUGUGGUCCGGAUUAGGUCUGACUUAAAGGCAGAGGCUUUGGCUUCAGCAAUAGCAUCCACCAAAGUUAUGAAAGCUCAGCAAGUUGUGAAGGGGGAAACUGGUGAGGAGCUGCUGGUGCCGUUUCAAGACGCUCCUGUGGAAGUAGAAGAGAAUACAGAUUUGCCAGACUACUUGCCCGAGGAUGAGAGCCCCAUGAAAGAACAAGAUAAAGCCGUGUCUCGCGUGGGGGCUCACCAGGAUGGCGCAGGCAAUUGGCUCAGCACUGCAGCAAAUUUUUUAUCAAGGUCCUUCUAUUGGUGACCGAGGUUUGGAAGGAAAAGACUGCUCAGUGACUUGAAGACAGUUGUCCAUCUGCCUAAUGAACUGCAAAGAGCAACUCGCAAUAAAUUACCACCGAAAAAAAGAAGAAGAUUUUAAACCCCGCAAGCUCUGCUGUGUUUUAGCUAUUCAUCAAAAGCCGAGCCUGUACAGCUGUUUCAAAGACAAAGGCCACAGGAGAUGUUUCACCAUUUUAUUGCUUGUUGCCUCAUUUUGUAAAUGGGUCCAUGGUUUGCUAUUACUGUCCUGUCAUAAGCCAAAUAAUUGUGAUCAUGAACAAGCAUUACUGUCUGACAGCCUUAAAGUCGGCUAUUCGUUUGAUACGCAGGAAGUCCAUUUUCACCUCAAUUCUCAGGAUGAAUCUUCCCAUUAAAUAAGCCGUGCAUGAACACGUUAGGUUUUUUUUUUUUUUUGCCUUAUUCUGUUAUCUCUAUAUAAACAGUUAGUGAUCUGCUAUAUGUGACUUUUUAUUUUUUUAUUCUCAUUAGCAAUGUAAAUGAAAUGAUAUGUCACAGAGUGACUAAUUUCCUAAACUGAAAAUGCUUCUGACUAAAUAUGUAAAGAUACACUUAUACCACUAAUGUGCCGUACCAAAGUACUUAUUUAUAGACUGCAGUAAACAAACAAGAUUAUAUCGUUUAGCGAGGAUCAGGCCUGCUUUUAAGCACAUUAUUCCAGAUGCACAAGUAAAUAUAAUCGGGGGUGUCUGGCCUGCAGAGCUCCAGAUGUUAAGCAGCAACUCCCAGAAUCGUGGGGGCCAAUGUUAUACAUCAGUUGGUUGGCUGUAGGCUGCACAUUUCUACUGUAAAUACACAUGUACCUUUUAAUCAUUUAACCAGAGUUGUGGAAAUACGAUGCUCACAUCGAUUGAAAUAAUCGGUUAUUUAUUAUAUCACAUUAUAUAUCAGCCUGGUAUUUUCCUUAAGUAAGCGCCUUGCCAGAAACUCCUCGUACUGCUGAGAUACUGUGUAAUGGCUUCCUUGCUGCUCAAUACAGAUUCUGCUGUGUAAUCACAAAAUAGAAAUGUCUUUAAAGAGGUCAGGGAAAGUCUAGUAUCCUAAUUUUAACAAAAUCGCUACAGACUAGGCAAAAUUGUUUCAAAUUAAAUAAAUAGUGAAGUUCUGUUUUUUCUUGCUUUUGUGUUUAGUUGAUCGGAAUCUAACCUAAUGUUAUCAUUGUCUGCCAAGCUUGUUUGGACCCGACCAGGGCCCAAAUUGGAGCCUAUAGAGACCUUUCGGGAGAAGGCUUGGCGGAUUUUUUUUUUCAAAUCUGCUUGAUGGAGAUGUGGCUUAUUUCUGGACAGAUAUCUGUCAGGCAGCCAAUGAAACUGGUAUACACAGGCGAAAAUUAAAUUCUGGAGUGCCAGAAAUGGCAGCAUUUAUUGGUCUGUGUGAGAGAAAGUUGGCUAGCAGUUCAGAUGACAGAUUAAACAGCCAAUAUCUACCUGUGUUUGGGCACCUUCAACUCUUUCCCAUAAGGCAAAUGGCUUGCCUCACAAGAAAUCCCUAUUGUAUCUUUAGUUUAUACUUACUUCUUCUGUUGGGAUGUUUUUGCCCUCAAUCAUGGCUACCAACCUUCCUCUUUUAAACUGGUUUUAAGCUAGAAUUUAUAGUAUCCUCCAAAACUAAAUGAUCUAAUAUAUGCUGCUGUGCGAUUUGGGGUUGUGAUUAUGUGUAUAUAGUAAUGCCAGUUUUAGAACAUUACAAAAACCCUUCUGAAAGGUUGACAUAGCAGAAGGCCUAUCUGUCCUUUGCUCCUCGUUCUCUCUGCAAGCUGCUAAAAACAUCGAAUUAUUCUUGCUUACUGCCAGCUAUAGAGUACGGUUUUUAUAUAGCUCAAGGGCCAGAACUAUUGCAUCUGCUGAACGAUAUGGUAUAUCAUCUUUUCUGUUAACUGCUACUUAAACAUCCGUUACUCCCACAAUGAGUUGAUUUAUGUCUUUGAUAAGUUUGUUUAGCUCGGUAUUAAUGAAACUUUUUUUUUCCUGCAGCCCUCUUUGCUUUCCAGUGUAAAGGAUUGGCCGGUGGGCAGGUCUUUCUCCUGUUCUGCCCAAUGCGGCUGACAAGAGACAGUAGGAAUUUCCAGUACCACAUUACAGUUAUAGUUUCUAUUUGUUUCAUACAUAAGAACCUCAAUUUUACAUUUGCUUGGAUCCAGGGUAAGCAUUAGUUGUCUGAAAAUGAAAAUUCAGGGAAAAGCCAAAUGUAUUUGGGGUUCUCAGGACCUAAAACGACAAAUUGAGGAAUAGAACCUCAAGGUUCAACUAACUCGACAUCUCUGCAUCUUAGCAUUCAUAUUAUCUAAAGUAUCCUGUUUAUAAUAUGUUCAAAUGUAUCGUGGUUCAGUUUGCUUUGCACUCUUCUGUGUUUCUUUCCACGUCCCCCUUAUAACUGGUACUUUAGAAAGCCCAGUCUUUCUCUAUUCUGACACUUCUUUUAUUGCUGAUGCCAUGGGCAGAACAGCUACAAGUCUGGGUGUAAAUACAACACAAGGUGGAAAGACCAGUACUAGUACCAUAUAGCAAAUAAUCAGACAGCAUUUUCUGGGGUGCUGUUCGGAAUGGUGGGGUUUAAGACCAAAAUGGCACUGUCCAAGUAUUAUUUGUUGCAUUUAACUUGCAGCUUAUGUUAUUACCACAUUAUAGUCAUAUUAAGCACAUUUUUAAUAUGAAUUUGUAUUUUUAUUAUGGCAUAAGAAUGGUUUGUGACAGCUGUGCAUAUUAAUUACUUUGUACUUGGGGUCGGCCUUAAAGGAGAACUAAACCCUAAAAAAUUAACAAUGCUAAAAAUGCUAUAUUUAACUUAUUACACCAGCCUAACGUUUCUGCUUCUCAAUAGCAGCAAUGAUCCAGCACUUCAGAUUUGUCACAGGGGGUCACCAUCUUGGAAAGUGUCUGUGACACUCACAUGCUCAGUGGGCUCUGAGCAGCUGUUGAGAAGCUAAGCUUAGGGGUCGUUGCAAAUUAUCCAGCGGAAAAUUAGAUUGGUCUGUAUACAGGGUUGAUUAUUAAAUGCUGAUUCUAGUUGCACUGGUUUCUGUGCUGACAUGUAGUAAUUAUCUGUAUUAAUUACUAAUCCGCCUAUAUGUACUGUAUAUUGUGAGUGGGUCCCUAAGCUCAGUAAGUGACAGCAGCACAGAGUAUGUGCAGUGAAUCAGCAGAAAAGAAGCUACUGGGGCAUCUUUGGAGACACAGAUUUCUACUUCUAAAGGGCUGUGGUUGCUUUGGGCUGGUAUGGAAGUCCAGAACAUAAUGUACAACAUUUCUAGCUACUUCUUUAGUUAAGCUUUAGUUCUCCUUUAAAGUGCAAGUCUGCAUAGAAAGACUAGUGUUGAAGUGGAGUAGAGAUAUCUAGGUGAAUCACAGCAGGUUUAAUGAGCUUUGGGAAUUUUGCAGGGGGUCAUGUUUCUGUUUGGGUGUAGAGCAGACUAAAGGCAGCCUUCCAAAUGCAGUUUAACUCUAUCUCCCCCAGUGCAGCAGUUUGACAUCUGGAUUGGCAUAUGUUGGCCACUUUGACACUGGAGUGUUCAUUUGCAAAUAUGUUUAGUUAGGCCAUAGUAAGUCAGGACAGUGUUGGAUAACCGGUGUCAUACUAACUGUUGCGCAACUAAGACUCUUGGCUUUUAUAUUGGCAAUUGCUGCUAGGACAACAGUUGGCUGCCGUGGGACACUGGGAGUUGUUGCUGAGAAACAACAUGUUGAUUUUAUUUUAAAUGGAUGUGUCGAGAUGAUGUAUGUGCACGUGAGUUUUUUAUCAUUAGGGCCCUUACACACAAGGAGUGUUUUAUGAGCAAUUGUGAUUCAGAUGAACAUAAGUGCAUUUUACUGUGGUUCUACCCUCAAGCCUUCAGGCUUGCAUUUUUCAAAACAAAACACAAGGCAUUUCUAUGCUUUAGGGGCAGUCAUAAUGUAAUGGAGGAAUGCGUGUUGAUCUCACAAAAUCACAUGCAAAAAAAACCUGCAACUUUCGCAUGCAUUUCAAUAGACUCGCAUUCAAACACCUGAGUGUAAGUGCCCUCAGCUUUACAAGGUAAGGGAAUGUUCCUUUAAGCCUAGUGGUGGUUUGUUUGGAAAGCGUGCCGAUUUGCCGACGUUUGAUUUGCUCUGGUAAAGCCGUUCCGUUUGCCAUCUGAAUUUGCACUGCUGCUUAAUAGAACACAAUGGUAACUUGUUAUUUUGUGCAUCUUGACCGUGAAUAAAAAUUUUGUUCUAUAAUGAA